AUGCCAGAGGUCGUGGACACCUGUUCUUUAGCCUCCCCGGCUACCGUCUGCCGGACCAAGCACCUGCACCUGCGAUGCAGCGUGGACUUCAGUCGCCGGGCGCUGACCGGGAUCGCCGCGCUCACCAUCCAGUCUCAGGAGGACAAUCUGCGCAGCCUGGUUUUGGAUACAAAAGACCUUACAAUUGAAAAAGUGGUGAUCAAUGGACAAGAAGUCAAAUAUGCUCUUGGAGAAAGACAAAGUUACAAAGGAUCACCAAUGGAAAUCUCUCUUCCAAUCGCUCUGAGCAAAAAUCAAGAGGUUGUUAUAGAAAUUUCUUUUGAGACAUCUCCAAAAUCUUCUGCUCUUCAGUGGCUCACUCCUGAACAGACUUCUGGAAAGGAGCACCCAUAUCUCUUUAGUCAGUGCCAGGCCAUCCACUGCAGAGCAGUUCUUCCCUGCCAGGACACUCCUUCUGUGAAACUAACCUACACUGCGGAGGUGUCUGUCCCUAAAGAACUGGUGGCACUUAUGAGCGCUGUUCGUGAUGGAGAAACACCUGACCCAGAAGACCCGAGCAGGAAAAUAUACAAAUUCAACCAAAAAGUGCCAAUACCUUGCUACCUGAUUGCAUUAGUUGUGGGAGCUUUGGAAAGCAGAAAAAUUGGCCCAAGGACUUUGGUGUGGUCUGAGAAAGAGCAAGUGGAAAAGUCUGCGUAUGAGUUUUCUGAGACUGAAUCUAUGCUUAAAAUCGCAGAGGAUCUGGGAGGCCCUUAUGUGUGGGGGCAGUAUGACCUAUUGGUCCUGCCCCCGUCCUUCCCUUACGGUGGCAUGGAGAACCCUUGCCUUACUUUUGUAACUCCUACUCUGUUGGCAGGUGACAAGUCACUGUCCAAUGUUAUUGCACAUGAAAUAUCUCAUAGUUGGACAGGAAAUCUAGUGACCAACAAAACCUGGGAUCACUUUUGGUUAAAUGAAGGACAUACUGUAUAUUUGGAACGCCACAUUUGUGGACAACUGUUUGGUGAAAAAUUCAGACAUUUUCAUGCUCUGGGAGGAUGGGGAGAACUACAGAAUACGAUAAAAACUUUCGGGGAGACACAUCCUUUCACCAAACUCGUGGUGGAUCUGACGGAUGUAGACCCUGAUGUAGCCUAUUCCUCAGUACCCUAUGAGAAGGGCUUUGCUUUACUCUUUCACCUUGAACAACUCCUUGGGGGACCAGAGGUUUUCCUAGGAUUCUUAAAGGCCUACGUUGAAAGAUUUUCCUACAAGAGCAUAACCACCGAUGACUGGAAGAAUUUCCUGUAUUCCCACUUUAAAGACAAGGUUGAUAUUCUCAACCAGGUUGAUUGGAAUGCCUGGCUCUACUCGCCUGGGCUGCCUCCCGUCAAACCCAACUAUGACAUGACUCUGACAAAUGCUUGCAUUGCCCUGAGUCAGAGAUGGAUUACUGCCAAAGAAGAGGACUUAAAUACAUUUAAUGCCACAGACCUGAAAGACCUCUCUACUCACCAAGUGAACGAGUUUCUAGCACAGGUGCUCCAGCAAGCACCUCUUCCACUGGGACACAUAAAGCGAAUGCAAGAGGUGUACAACUUCAAUGCUGUUAACAACUCCGAAAUACGAUUCAGAUGGUUACGGCUCUGCAUUCAAUCAAAGUGGGAGGAAGCGAUUCCUUUGGCUCUAAAAAUGGCAACUGAACAAGGAAGAAUGAAGUUUACACGUCCUUUAUUCAAGGACCUGGCCGCCUUUGACAAAUCCCACGACCAGGCCAUCCGCACCUACCAAGCGCACAAGGCCAGCAUGCAUCCUGUGACAGCCAUGCUCGUGGGGAAGGAUUUAAAGGUGGAUUAAGGACCUGCCGUGUGCUGGUUUCAGAUACUUGUUUUUUAAAUUGACUUCAUGAAGAAAUAUAAAACUUCAACUCAUAUUGUAAUUAAAAAUGUCUUUUUAGUUUUGG